CUUCUCCAACACCCCUCCAUCCAUCUCACCCAUCAUCUACGAGACCGAAUAACCUCUAUCGGAUUGUCUAGCCAGCUCUCUUGACUGCUAGAUCACCAACGUCACUUCUCCUCCACAUCAGAUCACCACCAGACACAUCUUCACAAUGGUCAAGGUUCUGCUCGUCCUCUACGAUGGCGGCCAGCACGCCAAAGACGUUCCCGGCCUUCUGGGCACCACCGAGAACGAGCUCGGCAUCCGCAAGUGGCUCGAGGACCAGGGCCACACGCUCGUGACGACCUCGGACAAGGAGGGCGAGAACUCGACCUUUGACAAGGAGCUCGUCGACGCCGAGGUCAUCAUCACAACGCCCUUCCACCCCGGCUACCUGACGGCCGAGCGCCUGGCCAAGGCCAAGAACCUCAAGAUUGCCAUCACGGCCGGCAUCGGCUCGGACCACGUCGACCUCAAUGCCGCCAACAAGACCAACGGCGGCAUCACCGUGGCCGAGGUGACGGGCUCCAACGUCGUCUCGGUGGCCGAGCACGUCGUCAUGACGAUCCUGCUGCUGAUCCGCAACUUUGUGCCGGCGCACGAGCAGAUUGAGCGCGGCGAAUGGGACGUGGCGGCGGCCGCCAAGCAGGAGUACGACCUCGAGGGCAAGGUCGUCGGCACCGUGGCCGUCGGCCGCAUCGGCGAGCGCGUGCUGCGCCGCCUCAAGCCCUUUGACUGCAAGGAGCUCCUCUACUACGACUACCAGCCGCUGUCGGCCGAGAAGGAGAAGGAGAUUGGCUGCCGCCGCGUCGACAAGCUCGAGGACCUGCUGGCGCAGUGCGACGUCAUGAAGAAGGGCAGCUACCUCAUCAACACGGCCCGCGGCGCCAUCGUCGUCAAGGAGGACGUCGCCGACGCCCUCAAGAGCGGCCACCUCGCCGGCUACGGCGGCGACGUCUGGUUCCCCCAGCCCGCCCCCGGCGACCACGUCCUGCGCACCGCCAAGAACCCCUUUGGCGGCGGCAACGCCAUGGUGCCCCACAUGUCCGGCACCUCGCUCGACGCCCAGAAGCGCUACGCCGACGGCACAAAGGCCAUUCUCGAGAGCUACUUCAGCGGCCGCCACGACUACCGCCCCGAGGACCUCAUCGUCUACAAGGGCGACUACGCCACCAAGGCCUACGGCGAGCGCAAGGAGAGCAGGCAGACCAACGUCUAG